AUUUUCAUUUCUCCCCAAUUCGCAGAAAUUUUUUAAAACCCUAUUAUUAACAAAAAUAAAAAAAAUCAAAUCGAAAAAGAACAAGAAGAGACAAGAAGAGAGAAGACUCAAAAGAGAGAAGAAGAGAGAAAAAGAGAGAAGAGUGGAAUUAUUUGGCUUAUGAACGACAAACAUGUGUUUAAGUGGGUAGAUGAGGCUUUUACACAUGAGAUUGAACAGUUGGAAUUUCAACUCGGUGUUCUUGAAGAAGAAGUAAGAGUGAUGAAGAUGGAUAGGAACCAAGAGACGAUGGAAAGAGAUCCGAUGGAAAAGAAUAAAAAGGGAAAGGACUUUAAGAUGGUAAUCGUUUUUAGUUGUGGAUGUUUAAUCACCAUGGCA